AUGGCUGCUAACAAGGAUAACGCCGGCGCCAGUCAAGGCGACAUCUUUGGCACCACUGCCUCGGAUCAAUUUGCCCACGUCGAAGGCUCGGACCAAAACAAAUUUGGCGUGUCUGAGGAAGAGGCCAAGGCUGGUGCCUUUCGUCGCCCCCCUACGGCCUUUCACGACACCAUUGGCUCAGACAAGUACCCGGCCGAAGCCGGUCGCUACCACCUCUGCUGGUUUCUGGAGUGGCCCGAUGAUGGCCGACCCUACCGCGGCUGGCCCUUUACCAAGGAGGACCCCGAUCCUCUUCACCCAGAGUUUGAGUAUCUUCACGACGUUUACAAUUUGGCACAGCCCGGCUAUCCGUACAAGAAGCUUUCCGUGCCCGUCCUCUUUGAUAAGAAGACUCAGACCAUUGUUAACAAUGAAAGCAGCGAAAUCAUCCGCAUGUUCAACUCACAGUUCAACGAUUUGGCCAAGCGUCCCGAGCUGGACCUGGAGCCGGCCGAUUUGGAAUCGGCCAUGACCGAGAUUGACGAGCUCGUGUAUCCCAACAUCAACGAUGGCGUAUAUCGCUGUGGCUUUGCGGGCAGCCAGGAAGCCUACGAUACGGCCUGCACCAAGCUGUUUGACGCUUUGGACAAGCUUAGGAGACCCCGCACCCAACGUUUCAACGUCUCACGUGUGCGCUCAAACUGCACGGGCAUCAUGUCAACCGAGGGACUGCUGGCCACGUCUGAAACGGAUGAGGAUGGCGCCCAUUUGGCCGAAGCUCUGCCGCUAGCUGCUGAUGAGAGCGUGGCAGACCCACACCAGGACCAGGCCCCGCUCCUUCCGCCAACUGGGGAUGGUUCCAACCUAGGCGCUUCUGCGGACAGCGCCGAUGGGCAAGCCUCGGGUAUGCUGCCUGGCAUGGACACACUCAGCGAGUUUUUCGGCGAUCAGCGCCACGCCGUGGAUCUCGAGCAGCAACGCCUUGCCCAACUUGAACGCACCAAUCCCUUGGCUGCCGCCGACGCCUACCGCGACCACGCCGUCAUCCUCCUCUUGGAGGGCCGAUACUAUCUCAAAUACCAACACCACCCCGUCAGCGUUGCUCACCAGCGCUCCUUUGCCCUCAUCCACAUGUCCCGGAACAACCUGUUCAAGUGGUUUGAGCUGAUUGCCGCCACGCUACUCCUGCUCCUUCUGGCCAAUGCUCCGUCACAAUGGACAGGUCGCCGCUUCACUUCAUCCCACGAACCGUGCGGCAAAGAUUUGGCGCCUCGCUACGUGCUCCUCGUGUGA